AUGUAUUUGAUUAUUGGAAUGCGACAAUCAACACCAUCUGAAGGAGAAUACAAAAAUCCGUGCCCUGAUGUGAACUGUGAACACGAUGACGAUGAGUGCGAGGACAUCUUGGAUGAGGCAGUCGAAGCAUCUUCCGUCGAGAAGAAGGUCUCCACUAUUUUCUUCAAUUAA